UUUUAAUACUUCACAUCGUCUUAUUCUUCUUCUAGUCUUCCUUAAUUUGUCUCCUUGUUCUUCAUUCCUUCUGUCCUUAACCCAAUUAAAUACACCACCACUACUACUUCUAACAAACUCCUACAAACCCUUGCUCACAGCUGCAGCCUGUAACAGCUCGUAUCAUGGAGCCAAUGGAAUCAUGUGUUCCUCCUGGGUUCCGGUUUCAUCCGACCGACGAGGAGCUAGUUGGAUAUUAUCUGAGGAAGAAGGUUGCGUCACAGAAGAUCGAUCUUGAUGUUAUUAGAGACAUUGACCUUUAUAGAAUUGAACCAUGGGAUCUACAAGAUAAAUGCCGGAUCGGGUACGAGGAGCAGAGUGAGUGGUACUUCUUCAGUCACAAAGAUAAGAAGUAUCCGACCGGAACAAGAACAAAUAGAGCAACCAUGGCAGGAUUUUGGAAGGCAACAGGAAGAGACAAGGCUGUGUAUGACAAAGCAAAGCUAAUUGGGAUGAGAAAAACACUUGUUUUCUACAAAGGAAGAGCACCAAAUGGACAGAAAUCUGAUUGGAUAAUGCAUGAGUACCGGCUUGAAUCCGACGAGAAUGGACCCCCACAGGAAGAAGGAUGGGUGGUUUGUCGCGCAUUCAAGAAAAGAACGACUGGGCAUGCCAAGAGCAUUGAAGGGUGGGAUUCAAGUUACUUCUAUGAUGAAACAAGUGGAGUAAGUUCUGUAAUUGACCCAAAUGACUACAUAUCAAGGCAGCAGCAGCAGCAGCCGCAGAGUAUUUUUUUGGCUCAGAAUUUAUUAUGCAAGCAAGAAUUAGAAGCAGAGAACAUGAGCUUCGUCAUGCACCAGCAACCAGAUAGCUUCGUACAGCUACCUCAGCUUGAGAGCCCAUCUCUGCCAUUGAUGAAGAGGCCGUCGAGCUCAAUAUCACUCAUCUCAUCAUCGGAGAAUAAUAACAAGGAAGAUGAUAUUCAUCAAGAACAGAUGAAUAGAGGGUGUUACGGUAAUUACAGCAACACAAACAAAGUGACUGACUGGAGAGCUCUGGACAAGUUUGUUGCAUCUCAAUUAAGUCAUGGAGAUCAAAGAUAUGAAAAUGAGAAUGAUGACAUGGCAGCUCUCAUGUUAUUGCAGAGUGGUUCUGGUUCAUCAAGAGACGAAGGAAACAAUAAGCAGUUCAUUAAUGAGUUCUUGAGUUCAAGCUCCGACUGUGAUAAUAUUGGUAUCUGCGUAUAUGAUAAAUGAAGAUAUAUAUAUAUAUAUUAUAAUGAAGGAGAGAUGACGAGGGUUUUAUGCUUUGUAGUAUACUAUGAAUGUUUGAAGAAAUUUUCGUUGAAUUUGUAAAAAUAUGGUUUUGAACGAGUGCAGAAACUCCACUCUCUCUGUUUAUCUACACAUCCAAUAUAGUUAUAAUAGGGAUCCCAAUAGUUGGUAUUACUGAGUUGUACGCACAAG